AUGGCGGUGUCGUCGAACUGUGUUCGGAAAUCUCUCCAAAUAGCUUCAUCUUCUGCCAAAACCCUAAUUUCUCGUCGAUCUCCUUUACCUUCUUCUUCAAACCCCAAUAAAUUCAACGCUUCUGCUUCUUCUUUCCAAGCUUCUCCUCACAAACGCUCAUUCUCCAACUCCUGGCUCCCGGUGCAAUUGGCUGGUGCACAAGUAUCAUUGACGCCAUUGCAUAGUGCCACUGCUUCUGCAUUGUUCACUUCACUCUUGUCUUUGCACAAUAACAACUGGGGUUGUCUUUCAGAAGGUUUUGCAACACCUUUAUAA